UUCUCUGCGUUUAAAGUCCAGAAACAGGUAACUUAACCAUAUUUAGGAAGCGUGCGCGCUGCGCCACGCCUCCAUCAUCAUUACCACCUCGCGCUCCAACAACACACACAACGAUGGAGCGCUUCUGUGGGAUAUUCAUCUGCACCCUUCUUCUCCUGGCUGGUGGCGUCUGGCCUUCACACUGCUUCAACAUUGGCACUUCAGGAGCUCAGGUUUUCAGUGGACCCACACAACAAGAAUUUGGCUAUACAGUGCAACAGGCAACAAACCACGAAGGAAAAUGGCUGCUGGUUGGUGCUCCGUGGAGUGGAUACAGCCAAAAUAGAAAGGGGGAUAUUUACAAGUGUCCCAUCUCAGGGUCAAGAAACACGUGUGACAAGCUUAAUAUCCAAGAUUCAGUUAGUUUACCUGGUGUCUCUGGAAUCAGUAACAACAUGAGCAUUGGGUUGACCCUGACCAGCAUGCCUGCAGUCACAGGUUACCUGACUUGUGGUCCACUGUGGGUGCAGCGCUGUGGUGAUCAAGAUUUCUACCCAGGAAUCUGCACAAAAAUGAGUCCUCUCUUUCAACCCCAACCAGCAUUCUCUCCUGCUGUACAAAAGUGUGGCAGUCCUAUGGACAUUGUUAUAGUCCUGGAUGGCUCUAACAGUAUCUAUCCAUGGGAACCCAUGAAUGAAUUUGUGAAGAAGCUGAUAACAUCACUUGACAUCGGACGGGACAAAACACGGGUGAGUGUGCUUCAGUAUUCGGUGGGCGUUCAAGUGGAAUUUCACCUUAAUGACUACAGCACCAAGGAGGACGUGUUCAAAGCAGCAUCGAGAAUAACACAAAUGUACGGCCACUCAACAAAUACCUUCAAUGCCCUUCAACAUGCCUGUAUGUUCCUCUUCACUGAGACCUAUGGGGGGCGAGCCAGUGCUCCAAACGUCAUGGUUGUGGUUACUGAUGGAGAAUCCCAUGACAACAGCAUCAGAGAUACAGCCAUCAAUAUCUGCGAAAACAAUAAAGUCACACGCUUUGGAAUUGCUGUCUUGGGUUAUUACAACAGAAACAACAUUGACACACAGAACUUGAUCGCAGAAAUCAAAUCUAUUGCCAGUUCUCCAACUGAAAAGUUCUUCUUCAAUGUGUCUGAAGAGGCUGCCCUCUCCAAUAUCGCAGGAACACUGGGGACUCGCAUUUUUAACAUUGAAGGCACCGGCAAAGGGGAAAAUUUCACGAUGGAGAUGUCCCAGGUUGGAUUUAGUGCUCACUACUCAAGUCAACAGGACAUAAUGAUGCUGGGAGCAGUGGGAGCCUAUGGGUGGAGUGGGACAGUCGUUCAUCAGAGUGGUACACAAGUGGAUAUUCUUCCUUCCACUGCCUUUGAAACAACUCUUCAGGACAGGAACCACAGCUCUUUACUGGGUUACUCUGUGAGUACACUGAGCGAUGGUUACACAGAGUAUUAUGUGGCUGGAGCCCCACGCUCAAACCAUUCAGGACAGGUCAUUGUCUACACCAUGAACGCACAGAAGCUUGUCCAUGUAGUCGACUCCGAAAGAGGAAAACAGAUUGGCUCAUAUUUUGGGAGUGUGCUAUGCCCCUUGGAUGUGGACAGAGAUGGAGUCACAGAUGUACUUCUUGUUGGUGCACCAAUGUUUAUGAGCGAGCUAAAGAGAGAACAAGGGGCCGUUUACAUCUUCUCUGUCACAAAGGGAAUUCUAAAUGAACACGGACUCCUAAUUGGCCCUGAUCCAACAGAGAACGCCCGUUUUGGCAUGGCCAUCUCUGCUGUACCAGAUCUAGACCUGGAUGGGUACAGUGAUGUUGUUGCAGGGGCUCCACUUGAGGACAACACAAGAGGUGUCCUUUACAUCUUCAAUGGAAAUAAGAAAACUAUCAACAAGCAGUUUUCACAGAAAAUAUAUGGCUCCAAACUUGACCCUCUGAUGCAGUAUUUUGGACGUUCACUUGACAGCUCCAAAGACCUGAAUGGUGACACCCUCCUAGAUGUUUCAGUUGGUGGCUAUGGAAAAGUAGUACAGUUAUGGUCCCGGGGAGUAGGAUCUGUCACUGCCACGGUCACAUUCACUCCAGAUAAAAUAAACAUUCUAAGUAAACUUUGUUACAUAAAGGGGCACAAGGCUUCAUGUUUCAACGCCAAAGUUUGCUUCACUGCUGCGUUCAAGCCCAAGACCCCCGUUGGGCCCUUGGACAUAUCGUACACUUUGACGUUGGAUGCGGAUUUACAAGCCACACGAGUGACAUCCAGAGGACUUUUUACCAAAAACCAUGAACGUUUCUUAACUGAAAGGGAACAAAUAGCAUCUGUAGCUGUAUGCCAAGUCUAUGAGGUCUAUGUCCAGGAGGCUCCAGAUUUUGUCAACUCUGUCAGUUUGAAGGUUGAGAUUGAACAACAAAGUGAAACUGCAAACCCAGUACUAGAUGUCUAUUCCACCAAGACCUGGGAGUUUUUUAUCCCCUUCACUAAAGACUGUGGCUCUGAUGAGGUCUGUGUCAGUGACUUGGUGCUCAAUGUGAAGACACUCAAACAACUGUCCAGCUUAGCUCCAGUGCUGGUCACAGCCAGUGACAAAGAGCUGUCCUUCAUAGUUAAUGUGAGGAACAAAAAGGAGAAUGCCUACAACACACAUGUGGUGGCUAUGUACUCCAGCAACCUUUACUACUCUUCAGUUUUUCCUCCAACAGACAAGGUGAGCUGCACUUCAACACAGGCACAAACAGUGACCUGCCAAGUGGGAUACCCACUGUUAAAGACAAAUGAAGAGGUACAGUUUCAAAUCAAUUUUGAUUACAACCUUGAGCAAUUGCAGAACAAAGCUGAGGUGGCAUUUGAGGCUAAAAGUGAUGGAAAAGAAGAAAAACCUGCAGAUAACACAGUGUCCAUCUCAGUUCCUGUCCGAUAUGAUGCAGGCAUUGUUUUGUCCAGAGAAACCAACAUCAAUUUCCAUGUGGCUGACUCUACCAUCCCAGUGGUGAAAACAGUGAAAACUCUGAAUGACAUUGGCCCUAUGUUUAACUUUACAGUAAAGGUAUCAACGGGGAUCCUUCCAGUCAACCUCUUGUAUGUGUACCUAAAUCUGCCACUCAUGAGCAAAGGAGGGAAUAACCUGCUCUAUGUUACAAGUGUAGCUACACCAAAUGAAGGCUCAGUCAGCUGCCCUGAUGUGGGUGCACUGGCCGAUCCAUUCAAAAUCCUCUCUGGUGGAACAAGCCACAAUGUGUCCUUUACUGAAGAGAGCUUCAGGGGCUCAGACAAACUGGAUUGCAAAAUGGUAAAAUGUCAGGAAAUAAAAUGCAUCAUCAAAGACACUCAAGCAAUAAGUAACUACUAUAUAAAUGUACAUACAAGGAUAUGGAAUGGCACAUUUUUAACUGCUACAUACCAAACUGUGGAGUUGACUGCCAGUGUGAAUGUUGAGACAGCUAAUCCUGAUUUACUCAUAAUUGGCCUCAAACAACUUCCUGUGGUGCUAACCGUGAACAAACCUGGAGAGAAAGGUGAUGUCCCAGUUGGAGUCAUUGUUGGAAGUGUAUUCGGAGGCCUGGCCCUGUUAGCUCUGGCUAUUGGACUUUUGUGGAAGUUUGGAUUUUUCAAACGGAAGUACCAACAGCUCCAAAAAGAGGCAGAAGAGGAUGCACAAAGUAAUGCACAAGUAGAUGAGGUGUUGUAAGGAUUUCCUUUGUCUAAUUUAGUCUAUAUUGCUUUUUGUUUAUCUUUUUGUUUAAAUAAGACUACUUGAAACAAAUUCUGCAAUAUCUUAAAAACAGGUGUGGACAGGUCUAAAAACUAAGCUGAAUGUAUGUAUUGUUUGCUGUUAUACCAUGGGCUUAUGGGUCUGCAAAAUUACUAUUAAUGUAAUUCAGCAAAAGGUUUUUUGCCACUGGAAACAAUUAAUAUUCUCUGUGAGAAGUUGUUACACUUUGUCUUUUAUCAUUUAGGGUGAGGUGUGUCUAUCAUGUAGUAUAGCCAACAGGGUUUUUAAAAAGGGGACAGUAAGGACUGUCGCUUUUCUUAUAUUAAUCAAAUCUAAACAACAAGUUAUGUUGUGUUUAACUUCAUUAGAUGAGGAAAAAAUAUUCUAGAGCUGCAAAAACAAUUUGUGGAGUCAGCCCAUAUUUUGAAAUGCAGUUGGGUUAAGAAAUAGCACAGAAGCAGAGUGAUAACAGGUGAUUUUUUUUUUAAAUGUUUGGUAUAUGGUCAUGUAUGUAGAUAGAUACAUAAAUAAAUGGAUAGAUAGAUAGAUAGAUAGAUAGAUAGAUAGAUAGAUAGAUAGAUGGGUAGAUGGAUAGAUGGAUGGAUGGAUGUUUUUUUCAUUUACACACAAAAUAAAAUUUACCAAGUGUUUCCUCGGACUCUGAAAAAGAAUGGACAAGUGUCUACGCUCCCCGCUCGAGGUUAUUUGAAUUCAUGGUCACAAGAUGGCAGCAUGCAUCAAAGAUAUGUUCGUGUGAAUUGUGGCGCUGCGAUAAUUUCACGAAAUUCAUAAUUACUGGUGAAUUAGGCUAUGCUCUACAAAGUUUACAAUAUUUGAUACUACUCAAGAAAAUAUGUAUCCUUAAUUGUUUUUCUUUUAGUUUUAUUUGCUUUUAUAACCAAAUGGAUCAUCUAGUCUUAGGCACAUUUUGGGGAGUCUCAGCUGGAGCCCACAUGUUGGAAGUGGUAUUCUGUGCUUUGACAAAUGAUUGAAUUGUUUCACAAUUAUUCAUGUGCAAGUGUGUUGUGAAAGAAGUAAUGGAUGUAUGUGUACAGGGAGUACAGUGUGGAAAUAGUUGAUGAAAAAUACCUUUGAGUGUUCAUUCCUGCAAGCUUCUGUACAGCCAAACAUGUGAUCCAUGUCACAUUUGGGAAAAUUCAACAAUAUUCUUCAAACCACACACGAUGAUCCCAUGGCCUUUUUUUAAAAAAUUAUUAUUACCAAGUGACUUUUGCUUUGCCAAUGUUAUACUUUUUAUUUUUAUGAUAGGACCCCUAUUACAUUUUUGCGUUUUAAUUUUAUUUCUCUACUCUGUUUGGACACUGGUGACUGGCAGGCUGGCUUGGAUUAUCAUUUAUAAUUUAUGAUUAUAAUUUAUUUGAAUUGGUUUGUGUUGAAUUGGACAUGUUUGACACGCACUUAAAUUGAAUCACAAAUACAAUAUUUAAUAAACUAAACAUGUUUGUUG